AGAUGUUCGAUGGCCAAAUAUUAUUCGCCAUUACGACGGAUAUCAAAGAUUUAUUUUAAUUGACUUUGACUAUGCUGGCUUUUCCCCUUCUGAUGGACCUUCAGAAGAAUUUUCUGAAAGUGAUCAUGCUCCUGAAAUGCUAAUUAAAAAGCAUGAUUUUAAGGUUGAUAUAUGGGGCGUUGGAAAUUUAGUUAAUUUGUGUAAUGUCACAGGCAUUCCUCAUGAACUUUUAAACUUCAGCAUAGAUUUGUGUAAUAGUAUUCCAGAUAAUCGACCAACUGCUUCAGUUGCUCUCGAUCGGGCAAAAGAUAUGUUUAGAGAGCUUGAUACCAGACUCGCUAUAUUAGAACAGGGAGAAAAAGGUAUUUCUACAAAAGAUGCUUUGCAAUCUCUAGUAAAUUCCAACGAUACUCCUGAUAAUCCAUCAUCUGAUAUAAUUGAUAAAAUUUUAAAUUCUAACGAUACUCAUGAACAGAUAAUCUCAUGUAAUGAGGAAGAUAUGGGGUCACGACCCCAAGUUAAUCAUAAUACAAAAACCGUUCCCUCAGAGAAUGAUCAAAGUCAUGUGAUUUUAACAGAGUCACCUUCGUUGCAAACUGAAGUGUCUGAAUUAGAACAGGACGAUGAAAUUGAUAAAAACCAAAUUGUUGAACAAGGUUUAAUACAAGAAUUGCAUUUACCUACUAAAGAAAACGACAGCUCUAUCAAAAUUGGUAACUCUGGCGACAAAUCAGGGAAUAUGUUUUCAGAGGAAUCGAAUAUU